AUGAGUUUUGCAUCUAAAAGAAAACGAGAUGAAGGUGGUGCAGAGCACACUAAAAAGACUCGAAAUGGCGAGCUUCCCACCCAGGAGUACACCACCUCGGACGAGUGGCCCAUCUACGCCCACCCAGAGGGGGGUAUAGUCAAAAUCACCCCAUGGGGCUCGCUCAGACAGUACACCAACGACAACGGCGACCAUAUCACCAAGUUUGAGGAUGUGUCGUUCGAGGACAUCUCGUUUGCCAAGCCUGGGGCAGCAGGCACCACCCCGCAGGACGACUACAUGCCUUCGACGCCCCAGUCGUUGUACAAUAGCCAGCAGUACCAGCAGACCAACCACCAAGCCAGCUACAACCAGUCACAGCCCACGCCAGUGCGGCCCACCAUCAAGCUCAGUCCUAGCGACGAGGCCGAGAUGUAUGUUGUUGAUGGAUACCGGGGAAUGGGGCCUGGUGCUGUCACCCCUCCCCAGCAACAGGGCCAGUUCGAGCAAGAACACGAAAACUACUUUGGCAUGAACGAUCACACCGAGACCGAAGAGUUUGAUUAUUCCGAUCUUCAUCAGGACGGAGAUGCGGAGAUGUCAUUGUAG